UCUCCGUCGUUCAUCUGCAGGCGCACCCCCAGGCUCUCCCCGCGGGAUUCCUCCGAGCUCUCUCCUUCCAUACCCUCAGCUCCGCGCUGAGCCCACCUUCGUUUACCCCACCCUCGUUCUUGUGGCCUGACCCGUGCAUGCUCUGAAACAUACCCGCCUGGAGCAACUCACCAUGCAGCACUUCCUCAGUCUCCUCCUCGCAGUUUCCCUGCUCACCACAACUUAUGCUGCUACGGCGGACGAAUGGCGGAAGCGUUCAAUAUACCAGAUCAUCACCGAUCGCUAUGCGCUCCCGGAAGGUGCGGACCUCACUGCGUGUGAUCCCGCCAAGCAGGCGUUCUGUGGCGGCACUUGGAACACCAUCAAGAACAACCUGGACUACAUUCAGGACGCGGGGUUCACUGCCAUCUGGAUCAGCCCGGUCUCCCAGAACUACGAAGGCCCUCGCACGCCCUAUGGUGACCCUUACCACGGAUACUGGAUUUCCGACGCGUCGAAGCUUAACUCUCGCUUUGGAACCGCGGACGACCUGAAGGCGCUCUCGGACGAGCUGCAUGCUCGCGGGAUGUUCCUCAUGGUCGACGUCGUCGUGAACAAUGUCAUGGCCUUGGAUACCGACCCCGACCUGUCGACGUACAUGUUCCAGGACAAGUCGCAAUACCACUCGUACUGCCCGAUCCAAUGGGGCAAUACCACCAGUGAACAGAAUUGCUGGCUUGGCGACACCAAGGUGACCCUCCCCGAUGUGAACACCCAGGACCCGACGGUUGUCACUGCCUACACUGCAUGGAUCAAGGCUCUCGUUCAACAGUUCAACAUCGACGGUCUGCGUAUCGAUGCGGCGAAGCACGUGAACAUGGACUUCUGGCCGAAGUUCUGCGAGGCUGCCGGCGUGUACUGCAUCGGCGAGGUCUUCGAUGCUGAUGCUGGUCAAGCCCUCCAGUGGCAGGGCGAGCAGGCGCUUGAUGCGAUCCUGAACUACCCGAUGUACAACGCGCUGGUUCAAGCAUUCACCAUUCCUGGCCCGCAGAACAUGAGCGCUGUCACGGACAUGAUUGCGCAGAUCAAGCAGAAGUCUUCGGACCCGACUUUGCUCGGCAACUUCCUUGAGGACCAAGAUGUUCCCCGGUGGGCUAGCCUCUCGGUUGACCCCCAGAGUCUCUGGAACGCGAUGAUCUUCAACUUCAUGUCUGACGGUAUCCCGAUCGUUUACUACGGACAGGAGCAGGGCUUCAACGGUAACGCCGAUCCCAUGAACCGUGAGCCCCUGUGGCCAUCCAACUACGCGAACACUACUACCCUACAGCUUGUCACCAAGCUGAACACGCUGCGCAACUUCCUGAUCAACAGCACAACGGACUGGGUCACCAACCAGGUGCAGGUGCUCAGCCAGACCAACGACGGCAUCGCGUUCAUGAAGGGCGAUGUCAUUACCGUUUUGACCAACAUCGGUUCCCCGCCCCAGAACGUCAGCAUUUCCGCGCAUACGCCGUACGACAACAGCGUUUCUACCACGGACAUCCUUACCUGUAGGCAGUACGCCGUUGGCAGUAACGGCAGCAUUGAGGUCGAGUACUCCAAGGGCGGUGUCCCCGUCAUCCUCGUCCCUGACACUAAACUCGACAACUCCGGGCUCUGCGGGCACGUCCAGGCCUCGGUCGUCUCCCAGAAGGGCGCCCAGGGCACCGUCAACGGCGACGCCAACGGCGCGCUCAGCACCACCCCGCUCGCGUUCGCCGUCGGGCUCGUCACAUUUGCCGCGGCCCUCCUCACGGCGGCGCUAUGAGCUCCCUCAGCCGUCCGCACCACUAUCCCCCAUUCUCACGUGUCACGCCCGCACGCGCCUCACGAUCCCCGCACGCCCCCCGCUCCGACGCAACGCGACACUAUCCCUCCCUUCUUUUCUUCGGGUCUUACUAUUCUCCCUUUCUGUCUGGAUUCUGGAUGCCCGCUGCCCGCACGCCCGGGCGGCGUGGCCUAAUACCUCCCACGGCUCCCCCUCCCCGGCUCGGAUGGGGAGGGGGCCGCUUCGUGUCUGUACUACUCCGCGGCUGGCCUUUGUGUGGCUGCGGUCUUGGAUUUUGGUGUAGUUUUUCGUGUGUUUCGUGUAGGGCGGAGUUUGGAUGGUUGAACUUAAUGGUGUACGAGUACAAGAACACACGCAGGUUCUCGCGCGCGAGCCUCCUUCG